AUGACUGCAGCAACGGAUUGUGUGGAGGACCUUGAAAGAAGUAUUCGAUCUCCUGCUGAUCCCAGUAAACGUUUGCAUUACUCCACUCUCACAGAUAAGCUUUCCUUUCUGGAAGAGACUGCGAAGCUGGUGUUCUCCACCCAGUGCCAGCACCGUCUUCUCCAGUGUAAGAGCCUCCACUUCUGUAAUAUACAGUGGUUCUUCAAUGACAUCCCGUACGACUCCUGGAGUUUGGGCCACAACUCCGACACCAAGUAUAAGCUAGAGCACAGCAACCAGACGCUCAACUUCCUUUCCACAGACAUCGACGCUGGAGGAAAAUACACUUGCGUGGUGUCGAACGGUGUGAGGAAUAUUAAUCGGAGUAUCAACAUGCGUAUCCAAGAGCGCCCUUGGAUCAACAAACCAAUCCCGUAUCAAUCGUCCAACGCUGUGUGCAAGGAUCAGAUGGCCGUUCUUGGAGGGAACGCCUCCUUCUUCUGCCAGUUCAAGUAUCGAUACGAUCUUCUUUUGCAGCAUAAUUGGAAAAAACUGAAUCAGACCAACGGGAUAUAUGAAAACGUGGACUUCUAUGAGAUCCAUGGCACGGAGUUCUCAUAUGGGAGCCGAAAAGAAGACGGAAAUGUCACCCAAACUCAGACUUGUCAAAGGAAGCCUUUCAAGAUUUUGUCUACAUGGCUGAACAUCACUAAUGUGACUGAAGAGGCUUUGGGGAUAUACCAGGUCAUGUGUAAGAUCUCCCAGUACAUAACGAAAGUCAACCUUACACUCUCGCUUGCGACCACAGAGGAACAUGUAGUCAAAGUCACGCACACAACCAUUGUGGCCGUGGUCGUGGUUACAACAAUGAUCAUCCUCCUUUCCCUAGUCGUGUUGUCAUGGAAACGCUAUGGCACUGACGUCAAACUUUGGUAUCAUGACCAUCGCGCCGCACUAGAAACAGAAGGUAUAAUUUCGAGAGAAAAAAUAGUAACUAUUGCCAGUCCCUCCAAAGAUAUAUAAUUUUCACUAUACUUUCGAACUUAAUGCUUGGUAUAUUUGCUUUCUAUCUCCUUUUUACAACUAAUUCAGAUCCGAACCGAUAAGCUUUCAGCUGAUGUGGAUCGAGCGCUAUACAGUGCGUCCCAUAAAAAACGGA